AUGAUCAGAAGAUUGGAAAGGCAACACUGUCAGCUCAGCAGGUGGAAUCCUCUACUCCGAAGGCCGAAAUCUAAGAUAAAAAAGUUGAAACAGCUGCAUCGUCAGUUCAAAAGAUGUCACUACCCACUUCGAAGGUUGCACGCGAGGAUCAGGAUGCUCCAUCGAACUCCAGACUCUUGA